UUUAUACCAGGACAAUCUGUUAAACUGUCACCCAGUCGGGAUCAGUGUGGUCAACAGUCAUGUCUGCGUCGUGCCGGCUGCUGGCGUGUAUACUCGCCCCCACCCUGCUGAUUGGGGUAGGAAUGGCAGAGAUGUUCAAGGACCCUGGAUUUGAGGGUUCCAACCCGUCCUCCAACUGGAUAUGUGCCGGUUGUAAAAUGGACAUCAGCACUGAUCACAGUCAAGGUCAACACUCCGUCAAAAUCACCGGAAGACAGGCGGAUUGGGCGGGUCCUCAGCAGACAGUGUACCUCAAGAGUGGCACCCGCUACUUUAUCCAAGCCCACAUCAAACAACUGAAUGAUAUUCACGGGACACUUUUCCAGAAAUACACAAUUCUUGCUGAUAUUGAGAAAAAUAGCGGUUCCCACGAUUAUUCUAUAAUCCUGGAAAACAACUCUGUGUACACCAAAUCAGGAUGGAUCGAAUUGUCUUCGUACUUCCAAUUUUUUAACUCAGAUUACAAGAGUGUGACGUUGAGGGUAAAUGGGCCAGUCCCGGCCAUUAACUUCAAUGUGGAUUACAUGUCACUCACGGAAAUACCCGAGGACCGGAACUGGAAGUCGGCUGCGGGCAAGAGGAUCGACCAGCUAAGGAAGAACAACAUCCACUUUAAUGUCCAUGUACCAACACACGUGUCAACAGCUGAUCUGGAGAUUGACGUAGACCUGGAGAAACACGGAUAUCCUAUCGGCUCUCAGACCACGUGGGAAGUGAUGACACAGCAUCCACAGUAUGCCAAACUGUUCUACUACAUGUUCAACUGGGCCACCCUCAGCAACUACUAUUGGGAGUGGUCGCCCCCACCUCGGCAUAACCCUGACUACAGCAAGGCCACUGCCGAGUUGAAUGUCCUCCACCAGCAUGGCGUUCCUGUACGAGCACAUAACAUAUUCUGGGGUGCUAAUACGAAGUACACGCCCGACUGGGUGCAGGCUCUGAGUCCCGACCAGGUGAAGCAGGCAGUGGAUGAAAGGAUACAGUACAUCGUCAAGGACACCAAGGGGAAAGUCCAACAUUGGGAUGUCAACAAUGAACUUGUCCAUGGCCACUGGUUCGAGGACAAGACAGGAGACCCUGACUACACCAAGAAGAUAUUCGCCAAGGUUCACCAGGCUGAUCCCAGCGUCAAGUUGUUCCUCAACGACUAUAGUGUCGUGUCUGCAGGAACGGCAACAUCGGCUUACCUGACUGAGGCAAAGGAGUUCAAGGCUGCCAAUGUUGGCUUGUACGGUAUUGGCAUUCAGUGCCACUUCGGUAAAGACUCUGCACCAGAUCCAACGCUCAUUAAGAAACGUUUGGAUCAGCUUGCUACAGCAGGAUUGCCGAUCUGGGUGACAGAGCUGGAUCUAUGGACCCACGACGAGAACACUCGAGCUGACUGGUAUGAAACCGCUCUUCGCGUUCUCUUCAGUCAUCCAGCUGUUGAGGGCAUCAUUCUGUGGGGGUUCUGGGGCCCAGAUCACUGGAGAGGUCCAGAUGCAGCUCUUGUGUCCGGCAAUAAUUUUCAGAUUAAUGCAGCAGGAAAGAGAUACUUCGACCUCCUCUACAAAGAAUGGAGUACGCAUGUCUCACACAGGGUGUCAUCAGGGACACAGUUUAAUGUCCGCGGUUUCCAUGGAGACUACAGAGUGGUCGUCAAAUACCAUGGCAACCCGGUGAUGCAGCAGACUUUCACCCUCGGGAAACAGGACAAACAAGUUGACAUCCAGAUCACCAACGUUAAUCACGUCAUUCAGAUCCAGACAACACAGUCGCCGGUCGACCAUCCAGUUACAGUACAGCAUCCGGUCGCUCACAUUGGCGAAUAUACAGUGGGUCACAUGACCUCAGGCUCAUCCAAUCAGUUGACGUGUAUGUCUAGAUACUCGGGAUUCACUGAAGUUGGAGAUGAUAAGGAGGCCGAAGUGUCCUGUCCAUCAGGAUAUGUUCUGACUGGGUGCUCAGGGAAAAUAAAGAAUGGUCAUGACACACGGGACGGCGAGACAAUCAGUGUGGUGGGCGGCGUCGCUAAAUGCCAGGUUUACGACGGAACGGGCACCACAGCACCGGCACAGGCGGUGGCGAGAUGUUGUAAACUGACGGGACUCCAUUGUGACUACCGGAAGUCAGGGCCUUCACAGGACGUAUUAAACCAGAGGAUUGAAACAAGAUGUCAGAACAACAUGGUAGCUACAGGUUGUUCAGCCCAUUCCUGGUUUUCAUUCCUGGACGGAGCCUUCCCAACUACGCACUCCUGCAUCGCCCAGAACUCUGAAAACCACGGCAAGGUGGAGGCGUCUGCUGUCUGUUGCUCUGCGCCCCAUCUCACGUGUAUCGUGAAGACCUCCAGCCCCUCUGGCAACAACUUGGGGGAUCAGACAGGGGUGUCAUGUGACCAGGGCUGGCAGCUCGUCGGGUGUUCGGCCUAUUCAGAGGAUGCAAAGCUUGGAGGGGCGUAUACAGGAGGCAAUCCCGAGCAGUGUAUCGCUGUGAACGGAGCUCAGAGACUGUACAACGAGAUGGGCGUCGUGGCCUAUGUCACAUGCUGUCGUGCACACUGAUAGCAAUUUGCCAAUACAAAAUCUCGCAUUA